AUGGUGUCAUUACGUACAAUUUAUAAGAGCAUGCUUGCAAUUGAGCAAUCCGAAGGUGCAGGUGCCAGAGUCCGCCGCUCAAUUGGGAAUAUGAAGAUGAGAAAUUUCGAUCCAUUCCUAAUGUUGGAUCAUUUCAAUGUUCUGCCAGACGCAGGAUUUCCUCAUCACCCCCAUUUAGGUCAAGAAACAAUCACUUAUAUUACUAAAGGACAAAUGGUUCAUGAAGAUUUUAAUAAUCAUUUGAGUGUAUUGAAUCCUGGUGAUUUACAAUUCAUGACUGCUGGUAAAGGGAUUGUUCAUAGUGAAAUGCCAGUUAAACAAGAAGAUUUAUCAAAUGUUGUUGGUAUGCAAUUAUGGGUUGAUUUACCAAAUGACUUGAAAGAAUCAACUCCAAGAUAUAGAGAUUUAAGAAAUGACGAAAUUCCAAUUUACCAAGAUGAUUCAGUUAAAGUUAAAGUCAUCAGUGGUAAAGUUGGUAAUGUUGAAUCACUUAAAGAAUUAGCUUAUACUCCAAUGUUUUAUUAUCAUUACCAAGUUAAAUCAGGGGCUAAUUUUGAACAAUUUGUUGAACCUAAUUUCAAUACUUUCCUUUAUAUUUUAGAUGGUGACUUAAAAAUCAAUGAUAAAGUUUAUCAUCAAUACGAUACUUUAUUUUUCAAUAUGGAUGGUGAUACUAUUAAAGGUGAAGUUCCUUCUGGAUCAAAAGAAGCCGAUUUUGUUCUUAUUGGAGGAUUAAAAUUAAAUCAAAAUUCAAUUCAACAUGGUCCUUUUGUUGCAAAUUCAAAAGAACGUAUCAUGCAAGGCUUCUACGAUUAUCAAUUAGCCCAAGGUCCCUUUUCUCCAUUGAGAACAUGGGAAACCAAAAUCAGUGAUGGGGUUGAUUCCAAAAAAUUAAACAAGUUACUUAACGUAAGAGAUGAACUUUAG